ACGCAUCUCUCAUUGGAGGUCGUGGAUGUCAGAUGCUGCCCGCUUUUUCCAGUCUGUUAAGUGUUGUCCAGCUUUUUUCCCUUUUGCCACCCGAAAGCAGAUCAAUUCGGAGGAGGAGGAGGACGGAAUCUCUGGAAGGUCGCUAACUACCCGUAAGUCUUCCGGACGAAUCCACCCUUUCGCGGCACCCACACGCCCGCUUGGCUCGCCCUUCCCCAGACACUCCUUUCCCAUUUUGCUGCCGGACUCGCAGUGAAGCUGCUUUAAAGGGCGCGAAGAAGCGACAUUAACUAUUAAAAACCAUGGAUAAAACGGAGCUUAUCCAGAAGGCGAAGCUGGCCGAACAGGCUGAGCGCUACGACGACAUGGCUUCGUCCAUGAAGGAGGUGACGGAGCAGGGAGCCGAGCUGUCCAACGAGGAGCGCAACCUGCUCUCUGUCGCCUACAAGAACGUGGUGGGGGCCCGGCGAUCGGCCUGGAGGGUUAUCUCUAGCAUCGAGCAAAAGACCGAGGGUGGCGACAAGAAGCUGCAGAUGGUCAAGGAAUACCGGGAGAAAGUGGAGUCCGAGCUACGAGAUAUCUGCAACGACGUGCUGGGACUACUGGGUAAAUACCUAAUUGCCAACUCCACUAACCCUGAGAGCAAAGUCUUCUAUUUAAAGAUGAAGGGAGACUACUACAGAUACCUUGCUGAAGUUGCAUCUGGAGAGGACAGGAAAGAGACGAUAGCCAGUUCUCAGGGUGCUUAUCAGGAGGCAUUCGACAUCAGCAAGAAGGAGAUGCAGCCCACACACCCCAUCCGCCUGGGCCUGGCCCUCAACUUCUCCGUCUUCUACUAUGAGAUUCUCAACUCCCCGGAGCAGGCGUGUUCACUGGCUAAACAGGCCUUUGACGAAGCCAUCGCGGAGCUCGAUACACUGAACGAAGACUCGUACAAAGACAGCACUCUCAUCAUGCAGCUGCUAAGAGACAAUCUGACAUUAUGGACAUCUGACAACACAGCAGAUGACGGCGAGGCCGGAGAUGGAGGCGAUAAUUAGAUGCCCAGGGAGUCACCCCCGUCGACACAAAAACAGGAAAAGAAGAAAAACCUUUUUACACACCAUCAUUCCUUAUUGUUCCACUAUUCUAGCAAUGGAAGCCCAUCAUUACUGAAGAGCUAUUUGUGGAAAUUUUUCACACAGCUGCUUUUGGGAGAGCAAAACAAUUUAUCCAUACUGAUAUUUUAAAGUAACUCUGCUCCUUGGUUUUUGUGUGUUGUCCCAACAUUCCUCAUGUCAUUUAUGUUGGAAAGUAUUAAUUGUUUCACUUUACAUUGAGUAACUUCCAUUUAAAAUUCAAAAAUGACCUUGAAGGGCUUUGUGAGUCUUCAGAAAAUGUCUGAAUGUCAGUGCUAAGAAAGUCUAGAACCCAGGAUUUUGUGGGAAAUUACAUGAAAAUUCCUGUAUUCUUGGUUCCCCCUUGUCCCAUAAUUCUCAGCAAGGUAAUCCAAUAAUGUUACAGCAGUUGAUGUCUGAAUCAGUCGUUUCAGAACCCAGCUUGCUAGGGGGUAUUACGGCGGUAAAGCAUCUGCAAGCUGUGAUUGGUUGAUUCAUGCUAUGUACUCGCGAGGCAAUGGUUGCUUACAGUCACUCAUUAGUCUAUCAUUCCUUCAAAGGUCAUGAAAUGCUCCUGUCCUCUGUGGUACCCAUUUCAAUGUGUUACUUUGUAGCAUGUCUGACUUAAAGGUGAUGCCUAGAGACCGAACAAUGACACAAGCUAUGUGCAUGUUUUUAUUUUAAUUUACUUCGGAAUGGGAAAUAAAUCACACACUAGUCCAAGUGUUCUAUUUAGUUCUCUUCGAUGCAGGUUUGUGCACAUGUCCGGAGGGUGUUUGGUUUGUCCAGUGACUGUCAUUUUGCGAUUUGGACCACUAUUGUGUUUUGCUAAUCAUUGAUUGUAGUUCCCAAAAGCCUUGUGAAAACGUUAAAUGCCCUGUGUAACAGCUUAUGUACCAUGAAUAAAAUGACAUUUUAUAAACCA